GGAGCUCCAGGAGUGCUUGGAAGACUGGGGCCACAUUAACACCCUCAACCAAGAGGGGCGUUCCUCAGGACACUGAGUUUUCCCGGACACUAUGUUAAACCGAGGUGAAACCUCCUGUUUUUGGCAUUGUGGAGGCAGUGAAUGGCUUAAGAUCAAGGCACUGCUCUUAAGGAGGCCACCAAGGACAGAAUGUGUGAGAAGCAACAAGGACCUGCCACUGCAGGUUCUUAUCCUUAUUCUGCAGCAGAGACUCAAUUCCAGUAGCACAAGAGACCACAAAUAGGCUUUUUCCCUGAGGAUUGACUAAGCUAGGGUAUUGGGGGAUGGGUGGGUAGGUGGGUCUGUGACAUAGCAGGAGUAGCUUCUGGCUUUGGCAGGAAUGUGCCCUUGCUGCUGGGUAAAGCUGGGAACAGAACUCAGGUCCCCAUCUGAGUAGACUAUAACCAUGUAGCCUACUCCUGUAGUCCCACUUAAUGCUACCUAGGCCUCAAAGAGUCUACAACCUACCAAAACAGUGACACCAUUUGGAGACCAAUAUUUAAAUGUAUAAACUUAUAGGGAGCAUUUUGCCUUCAGUCGGUAACAGCAGCUUUCACCAGGACCUGGGUUCCAGCUUCUGGUUUACCAUAUGAAAGAAAACUGAAGGCAGCAUGGACAGACAAGCCAUGAGUUUCCUAAGCAUGGCCUUGCCCCAGUAGGGUCUUAGUUAUUCUUUUAUAGUCAUGUGCUCAUGGUGUUCAGCCCCACCUGAAUCCUGUUAAAUCUACUGUCAAUUUAGCUCCAAAAUGUAUGUCCACAUGGUUGGAGGCUCAGAGGUCUUAAUGUCUUCACUCUGGUCUCAGUGAACUUUGUGUCUCUUGGUUCUCUGCCAACCCAACUGAUUCCUUUGUCAACUCAGACAAGGCUCUCCUUCAGACCAUACAAACCAUGAGAUGCUGACAGAUCAUGGAAUGCAAGAUGGUGGCAAAUCACACCCCUGAGUGAAUUAACCAUAAGUCAUGCCUUUUGUUUCUGCCAGACUCACUUCAGAGCCUGACCUCAGGUAGCUUGGUUUCUUUCAAGCAAGGUUGUUCUCCUUGUCUAGCUGCUUUGUGAGCCAUCUGGGGCCCCUGUACCUGGGCCUUCUCUAGCUCUCCUGCCUUUGGAGAGGUCUCUGCCAUCUUUCUCUCUCUCCUGAUUGAUUCUCACAUAUGUAUCAAGUCAUAUAAACACACACACAGUACAUGCAUCCCACUAAUUAAAACAAUAUCUAUCUGUUCCUUAUAAGGGUCCGUGCUACAUGCACUAUAUAAGUUGUUCCCUCUCCUCUCCCUCCCCCAUUCCUCCCCCAUCCUAAUGUUUCCCCCCUCUAUGUAGGGUGUCUUUCCUCCAAAACUGUGACAUAUUCUCUUCAAGCUGCUCCUUAGUCCUGCUCAGGGAAUCUCUGUUUCUCUCCUUGACCUGAGAGCUCCCUGACUGAUGGCGAGAGGCUAAGGAAGCUCUCCUAGAGCCUUCAUCCUAAGUCCUCCCCUGAAACCCUCACUGCCUUUAUCCUCUUUCCCACAUCCUCUGGUUUUUAUUAUUGAUUUUUAUAAAGUUCUAAAGGCUAUCCUUUAAGCCCCCCAAACUCCUGAGCAUCUGCUUCAAUAUAGGACCCCACCAAGGCUGCCUUCCUUCUUUCUCCUUAGAACUUGCUUGCCCUCAGGUGGCCAUAGACCCAGGCUAAAUGCUACAGGUGAACCAGCAUAUGUCAUGAUCUUGUGAUGCACCUGUCAUCCCUGUCUUUGUGACCUCUUCUAGGAGGCAUGUGCCAAUGCCACUGACUAGGCCGGAAACCAGAGGUGGCAAAGUACACUGGGUGUAAGAGGUUAUGACACGAAAGGGACAGAGAGGAGAGUGAAGCUUCCUGAAAUGAUGAGGAACUUGAGGCAAGCCAGAUCCAGCUUCCUCUAGGAUAAUACUGUGGAGCCCAAGAGAUAAUAGAUAUGGGUUCCCUCCCAUGUCAUAUUUCAGCUCUUGACCUUUGGUUUAUGAUUGUUCAGUAGUCAGCCAAUGAAGUGCCAGGCUAGAUCUAUGCUCUAGAGGUUCAUCAGACCCUGGUAGAUUCUCCCUGGAUGUCAUUGGAGCCUGAAGCCAUCCUGGACACUUGGAACUGUGGUACUACACGAGAGGACAGAGAGUCUGAAUCAUACCAGUUGCUGGAAAGAGGAUUUGUUGAAACUUGCACUUGAGAACACAGGAGUUUUCCAGUCUGGACCCUGAAGAGGAAACAGAAGAUCUCAGAACAGCACAUCUUUCCACAGUGUGGCACCUCAGUUCCCAAAGGGCUCAGGGAAGCUGUGCAAGAAGGUCUGGAUGUCCCUUGUGAUCACUGAUACUUGAGAGCCAGAAGUCUCCCCAUGGCUUUUUAUCACAUCCGACAGUACCAGGAGAAGGACCACAAAAAGGUCCUGGAAUUGUUCUCCAGGGGCAUGAAGGAACAUGUCCCUGCUGCCUUCCACCAUAUGCUGACACUACCUCAGACUCUCCUGCUUUUACCUGGGGUGCCUGUGACCAUAGUCCUAGUGUCUGGCUCCUGGCUCCUGGCCACAGUAUGCAGCUUUCUCUUUCUCCUUUGCCUGCGGCUCCUUAUCUGGCUUUCUUGGAGAAAUUACGUGGCUACAAGUUUGCAAGCUGACCUGGCUGACAUCACCAAGUCUUACCUGAAUGCACAUGGCUCCUUCUGGGUGGCUGAGUCUGGAGACCAGGUAGUUGGCAUAGUGGGUGCUCGGCCAGUCAAGGACCCUCCAUUAGGGAAGAAGCAGAUGCAGCUCUUUCGCCUGUCUGUGUCCUCACAGCAUCGAGGACAGGGGAUAGCAAAAGCACUAGUCAGAACUGUCCUCUGGUUUGCUCGGGACCAGGACUACAGUGAUGUUGUCCUUGAGACCAGUUGUGUGCAGUACAGUGCUGUGGCUCUCUACCAGGCCAUGGGCUUCCGGAAAACAGACCAGUACUUUGUGAGCAUAGCCACAAGGUUAAUGGGUCUUUCUAUCCUUCAUUUCACCUACUCUCUCCCUUUUGCUUGGGGAUCAGGGAUGUGACCUGUUAUCCUUUGUUUGCCUUGGAGGCUCCAGUUCACUCUGCUGUAGGAACAAGCCAUCCCUGACAAGUUCCUGCUACCAAUCCCAAGGGCUCCCUUUGCACUCCUUUCAGAUGCACCCAUGCUGGUGGUGACCUGUGGGUGUUGGCUCCAUUCUGCCUUUUUAAGUAUCUCUCUUUCGUCUUUCUAGUGCCAUGAUAAGAUAGCACAAAACCCAACUGAGUCCAUCCUGCACACAGUUCACUUAGGAAUCUGUUAGCUGUCAGUAUCAGCUAGGUGGUCUCAAGACCUCAAGGCAAGCAACCUUGCUGAGCUGAAGUUCCAGCAGCUCACACAGGAUUUAAAUCUAAGACUUGUGUAGAAAUGGAGCCUCCACUGGUAGAGGCACAGCACAGAUCAGGGUGGCUGCACUGAGAGCACUGGAGCAACGAAGCCUGUAACUUACACCUAAGCCACCUCUGUGCAGAGGGAGGAAGGGGACCUCUGAUGCAGUGAGAGUAACUUUGAAUGGCCUCUCCUAGUGGAAUGAUCCCUCCUGGCCUCUUGGUCCCAGUCUUACGGGAAAGCACAAUUAAAUGCAUGAAAUGUACUUGGGGAUUCAUGAAAAUGAAAUGGGAUCAGGAGUUGUCAUGAAUAUGUCACUCUAGGGAAAACGCCCAGACUAAUUGGCACUCGAGUAGGUUGGACAUCAGUGGGCUUCCAGUGCUCCUGGAUUUCCUCUGUAAAAAGUUAAAAUGGCAGUUCAGGAGUUGGAACAGCACUGUAGAGUGGAGAAAGGCAGUCUCAGAACUAAUAAAGUUGUUGGCCGAAGAUGACCCUGCUAGGCAUAAGAGACUUCCAGAAUUAUUAAGGAAAGGCCCCGAGGGCCAACGAAUCACAGAUGUGGUUUCCACUGCUUUUGGUUGCAUGCUGGAACUGGAGAACUCCUUGCUGAGGACAUGAUAUACUUUGGUUUCAGGACAUGGAAGAAUCAAGAGACUGACCUGGAAAAGCCUUGUGUGCUCGCUGGGUUUCUAGUGCCAAGAGGCUCGAUCCAGGCUGCUGAGGGACAGUUAUUGAGACAGUCUUGCUCCCUGUGCUGUGUUGUUACAUGCCGGGAAGAUGUAUGUUUUAGUGUUAUAGUGGCAUUGUUAUGUUUGCACACACAUACUUUCUGAUUAAGACCUCCACAGGUGGAUAUUCCUAUUGAUUAUUCUAAAUCAAGACAAAAUUAUGUGAUGUGCAGGCCAUAGGCCAUAGUAAGGAGACUACUACUAUUGUUUUAGUUUUUAUUAAGCAGGUAUAGUAUAUCAGCUUGCCUUCAAAACAUUUGUGUUCAUGCCCAAUGACUGCUGUUCCAGUGUCACUUGUAAUUGGGAGCCUUUUCACAGUGGGAGAUGGUCACUCCAAAGACUCAUAACUUGUACAAUUGCAGAGAAUACGUGACUGAUCCUUUGAUAUAGCCCAAUAUUGGGCCAUAGAUGGAAGAAAAUAGAUGUAUAUGUCCAAGGCUUGGAAGAGUUAUGGAAGCGGAUGCAUAAAGAUUUAAGAUCUGGAGUGGGUGGGAUACCCUGUAUCUCUCUGGUCUAAAUUGAAACUUCCCCUUUUAGGGGGCUGACAGAGGCUCAGGAGACUCUGGAGAGCGUUCCUCUCUGAUGUCACCCAGGCAGUAAACAUUUAUCAGCAGAGAGAAGCCUCUUAGGAACCCCAGGGCUGGAGGUUUGUAAGUCAUUACCAAUGCAAUGGCCAUACUGCCUGGGCAACCCGUGCUCCUGUAAGUAAUCCCUCAGCUGUGCUCCUGUGCUCCAAUAAACUGUUUCAUCAAACUUGA